UAGUCGCAUUCGCAAGUCGGACAAAGUUGAAAUCGGUUCUUUAGGCGGAGCUCACAUUAUGAUGACGAUAUUCGAUCUACCGGACGCACAUCCUGACGUCCAGCUACCUCUUCUAAGAAGUCCUGUGCCCAUUAGUAUUAUUAUGGUUUCCUAUUUGCUGUUCGUGCUGAAACUGGGCCCACAGUUCAUGGCAAAACGGGAACCCUACAAAUUACGGGGACUAAUGAAGAUCUACAAUCUAGUGCAAAUAGCUUACAACAUUGUACUCGUCAUGAUUGCUAUAUAUUUAACAACCAACGCGCAGAGCUACAAGCUGUUCUGCCUCGCUCCACUGCCCUCGGAUCACAAGUACAUGUUCGCAGAACGAGCAUUAGCCUACCUCUACUAUCUUAAUAAGAUACUCGAUCUGGUGGACACUGUCUUCUUUGUGCUGCGAAAGAGCUACAAGCAGGUGACGCAGCUUCAUCUCAUCCAUCACGUAUUUAUGCCGUCGCUUGGCUAUGUGAUGACACGAUUCUACGGCUAUGGGGGCCACCUCCUUGUGACGGGCAUAUUAAACGUAAUCGUACAUAUCAUUAUGUACACCUACUACUACCUUUCGUCGCAGAGUGAGUCCAUCAAGAGGAGUCUCUGGUGGAAGCAGUACGUAACCGUCAUUCAGCUAAUUCAGUUCGUGCUUAUUACUUUGCACAGCUUAUUGACUCUAACUCAGCCCAAUUGCAAAACAUCUCGUCCCGUCAUCUACGCGGUUCUAUGUGCUUCACUAUUAAUGAAACCAUGUUUACCAACUUCUACAUUCAUGCUUACGUACUGGCCAAGAAAAAGAAAAUCGAUGUCCGAAAAUAACCAAAAGCAAUAGUCGAUCGUUAAUUAAACCUUUUGUUAAUGUUAAUGCAGAACUUAUUCCUAUAGCGAGAACGAUGUCUCUCCCUCUCCCCCCCUCCAUGGAUUGCUUAAAUGUUUGCAAUAUUUGGUACAACAUAUGAAAUACAUUAUUCAUAUAUAUUUUAGCAAUUAAAUUAAUUAAUUAUUGACUACACUGUCUAGGAAAAUCUUUUACACAUAGAAUAGAGAUUUUAGUUCAAUAAAAGUUGCUUUGUGGAAAUGUA